AUGCCACCGUUUCCCGGGGAAGAGACGCUAACUACGGUAUAUGUCGACCUCCACUCUUACUUUACGGCACCCUCCCCUCGCCCGGCUCUACAUCGCUUCGACAAAGCCUCCUAUUUCUACGUCUACUACAAUUCCACGAGACAGACAAGUCGCAUCGAGGCCGCGAUCAAUCCUGGCACGGCAGAUCAGACGGCCUUUCAUGGCUUCCUCGAGGGUGUCAAGGUGAUCAACUCUCACAAAUUCCCAACGAGAAUAACAAUCAUCGUUGAUGGAGACAAUGCAGCGGCCACUUCUCCAUCGUCCCCCCGUUCAGGAAGAGACCCAGAAGAAUGGCGUCUAGCCAGUUCGGAUCCCCGGGAUCCUGGCACGUCCAAAUACAGGAUACACACAAUCGAUGCUUAUUUCUGGAAUCAGGAUGAUUCCAAGUUGGUAUUGAACAUUUUCAAGAAGCUGCUUCAGCCGCAUCAGUUGGACAUUGAGGAUGACGUGCGUGACGAAUCCGAUCACCAUGAUAUGGUCAGCCCAGUGGUUCAAAAUCUAGAGCAUGUGGCCAUAUCAGACCCGGCAUAUAAGGAAGUACAACAUGAUUCUCCCGCGGUCCAGCACAGCCAUCCCAUCCAGCUGCCCCCUCCUCCACCGCCCCCUGCUGUCUCUCAGGCUGCUGCGGUCGGUCCUGGAGCAUCAGCCUCGCCAAUUUCGGUCAAUAACAGCAUCGGUGGGAGAUCCUCACUGAAAGAAACGAAACCGCCCAUGGACUAUACGCCCCUCGCGUACAACCCGGCAGCGCCAGCGGCUCCGGAACCUAUCGCCCAUCGAGAGGACACCCCCCCUCCGGUCGACGCUGUUGACGGAACGGGGCUGGCUGCGGCAGCAAGGCAUGAUAAUCCUUAUGCCUCUCAGCAGUACCCACAAGCCUUUGGCAAUCCUUCCACUGCUCAGCCGGGGGGUUAUGGACAUUACGGUGCUGCACCACAGCCGUCGUUUGGACCCCAUGGCACUGUUUCGCCUGUGCCAUCCUUUGGACCUCAAGCAGCGGCGACCGGGUCACAAUCCUUUGGACCACACGCAGGGUCACCCCCACUUCAGGCGUCUCCGCGUACAUCUGUUUCGACAAAUUUUGCCCCGCCUCCCACCAGCGCAAGUACUGACAGCAGUCGUCACCCUUCAAUAGCUGCUCAGACGUAUGUGCCUCAAGGGCAGGACCCAAAUGCACACAUUUUUGGCCAACAAAAUGUGCAAACGCCAGGUACACAAUUCUACCAGUCAAUUAAUGGUCAACCCCAUAAACCACUGCAGCAUGUACAGCCACAAUACCCGGACUAUCUAGCGGCUGGUCAACCUCCCGCGCCAGCGCCAGUUCCUGCUCCGCCUCUCGGAGGGUACUCGACCUACAACUAUGGACACGCACAGCAACCCCAGCCUGCAGCGGGAGCUUACGACAUUCACUCUCAAGUCUAUAGGCCGACUGAGGCGGAGCACCACACACACCAUCACAAGCCACCCAAGCCCUCAAGUUCGCAGCACAAGCCAUCACAUGCAGAGAAGAUUGAGAAGGGCGUUGGCAAGUGGAUUAAGAAAAUUGAGAAGAACUUUGGGUGA